CCGCCCGCCAUCAUGUUUCUCCUCCGCCGUACUGCCGCUCGUGCGAUCGCCUCGACGCCUUCAACGGCCGUCUUCGCAAAGCCGCGAUCAAUUACCACAUUCACCCCGGCCGCCUUCCGGUCAAGGCAGCAACAAUGGAUUGCGCCGUCAUUCCAGAGGAGAUUCGCCAGCGAUGAACCGGCGAAGGUCGGGACGAAGACCGAGCCAGAGCAAGCCGCGUCGGAGGCGUCAGAAAGCUUUGCGCAGACCGCAGCGGAGGCCCCAGUUGAGGAUAACCUGACACCGACACAAGAAGCUGUGCAGGCCGAGCCCACCAAUGCUUCCGCUACUGUUGGAGUUGACGCAUUGGAAGCCGCUGCUGAGAAGGUGGACGGCUCUGCACGUGCUCCCCAGCGCAGCCGGCUUGGUGUCGGCCCUGGGGAACCGAACAACAUGAUCUACGUUGGCAAUCUGUACUACGAGGUCACUGCAGACCAGCUGAAGCGUGUCUUCUCGCGCUUCGGUGAAAUCGAGAGCGUCAAGAUCAUCUACGACAACAGGGGCCUGAGCAGAGGAUUCGGAUACAUCGAGUUCAAGAACGUAAACGAUGCCCAGUCUGCCGUUGACAAUCUCGACAUGCAGGUCUUCGAAGGCCGAAACCUCGUUGUGCAGUUCCACCGACCGAAACCCAACUCCAAGACCCGCAGUGCUGCCGGCAGCUUCGUAGCGAAUCCCCCUUCCAAGACGCUCUUCAUUGGAAACAUGUCAUUCGAAAUGUCAGACAAGGAUCUGAAUGACCUCUUCCGUGAUAUCCGAAACGUUAUGGACGUCCGCGUUGCCAUCGAUAGGAGGACCGGCCAACCGCGAGGCUUUGCCCAUGCCGACUUCAUCGACGUCGCCAGCGCAACGCGCGCCAGGGAUGUGCUGAAGGAGAAAGUCAUCUACGGAAGGCAGCUCCGUGUGGACUUCAGCAAAUCAGGUACGCAGCAGCAGAGGGAUGGUGGCCGUGAAGGCCGUGGAGACAGUAUGUAAAAAGCACAGGAGCGUGGAUUAUCUGCGAUCAAUGCGUCGCCGACUAUGAGGAGUCGACCGGCAAGAAGCACCGCACCCUGAUUUGGAAGCAAGCCGGCGGUGAUUUUGUCGGUUUGGACGUUCUAGAUCUUCUAUCUUGUCGUUUUCAUACUGUGUUGAUAGGUCUGUCUAGCUCUUAUGUAUCAUAGUAGAGGAGCUUCAUGGC